GUGGCUCAUGACCGAGUUGCUGGCCAAGGUUAUAACGGAGUCGACAACAACAAAGUUCCGUGAUCCUCGUCUUCUCGUCGUGUCCCGGACCUCGAAGAACCAGCUGCAAGUCGAGAAUCGUUCGUCCGGGUCGUUUUCUUAACCUUUUGACUGGACGAAAACCCGAAGUCAACUGCUCGUCGGCAGUGGGAGGAUAUUCGUUUUUCCCGCGCCGCUUGCAAGCAGUGCAAUUUGUUGUUGGUGUUUGUCGAAACGUCGGGGCUUAAUUUAGAUAUAAGUAUCCAAAACUUUCGGAAGAAUCUCCGAACGAACAGAAGACGAUUGGUUCGAUUGUUUAUCAGUGGGUGAAGUGGAUUUUUCUCAAGCAGUUCUGCCCUGCCUCAACAUUGGGUAUACACAACGAGACCAAAGACAACGGCGACUCGCGCGCCUUUUUUCUGGGAACUGUCUCUUUUUCAAAGGUCCGACUUUGUGUUUACAAGAGGUCGAGAAGGUGUUUGGAAAGAACCGAGUCCCCGGCCAAGAUGAACAGUCUUCUGAAGGAGAUGGGAUAAUUGGAGUUGCGCCCAAGUUUAGAUGAUUAAUCGUUUCCCGCAACCGCAAUCAACGCUAUAAAGUUUUUUUAUUAGAUUAUAGGAUAUAGCUUACAAACGAAUUUACAAUGGAUUCUUUUGUGACACCCAAACGUGAAGGAAAUGAGCUGGAAGUAACUGGUAUCUCUCGCAGCGGCAGAGUUCGUAAGAAGUCUUCCAAGCUCAUGGACUUUGAAUCAUCGAGUAAUAUAACUGAAACCAAGAUUAAAAGACCAAAAAUGCAGUCACCUCAAGACCAGCCCAAGAAGAAAAAGCCUACGACAACUGAUGGUCAACCGCUCUCCCCUGUUCCUCAAGUAACUCACACUGUGCACGUUGCACAGAUCCACCAUCCACCACCUAACAAAAUAACUAUAGCACCACCUAAAAAAAGUCCCAAAUUGCCAACAACACCAAUUCAGCAGAAAAAGAAAAAGAUUGAAUCUAGUUCUGAUUAUGAAACACAGUCGCAAUCAACCAAUUCAGAAUCUGAGGAUGAUGUAGUUAGUAAAAAGCUACACAUAGCUGAGUUCAGUAGCAAAGAUAUGAGUUUGGAUGCUCUAGAACCAGCUGAGGAUGAAAUUACAACUCCUAAGAAAAAGCCACCAUCCCCUAAGAAACCUAAAAAGACCGUUACAAUUGCUCCAUCUGUUAAGCCAGAUAUAAAACCAAAACCAACUAAGCCAGAACUUGCACAAAAACCUAAACCAAGGUAUACAGCUUAUAUGCUGUGGUCUAAAGAAAUGAGACAGCAGUUAUUAAAAGAGUCUCCUAAUAUGGAUUUCACUUCUAUUUCAAAACGAUUGGGAGAAUUGUGGGCAACAGUUCCUAACAUGGAAAAAUACAAUUGGAGCAAUCGUGCAAAGCGCCUUGCCGAAAAAAACCAAAUGUCACCUCCGAAAAAGUUUAUCACUAAAAGUAAUAUAAUGAAAUCACCUUCAUCUGACUCCCCUAAAAAGAAGACUGACGUUAUUCGUAUAUCAGAUUUGAAAAAGUUAUCACCUCAGUCCAUUCGUUCUGGGAAAGAUGCAACAAGAGAUCCCACAAAAGAGAUGAAAAUCUUCAGAGCAAUUGAACUGCAGCCAAUUGAUGUUGCUGCAUACUUGAAAUUAUUGGGUGAAAGUUUGACUGUGAUUGGUGAAAGGCUGAAGGAACAUAAUGGACAAAUCACUGUUUCGGGAAGUCUUUCAGUACUUUUGGAUUCAUUAUUAUGUGCCCUUGGUAGUUUGAUGUGUCUAACGCAACAGGUUCCUGCCAUUGGAACUCAAAACUCUGCCUCUUUGUCAAAAACACUAGAGAACAUAGCAUACAUUAUGCCAGGCUUGUAAAAACUUUCUUUCGCAAAGAAGUUUUUGACUUUUUACCAACUUAAAAUGUAAAACUGACUUUUUAAGAUAUAUAUUAUUUUGUUAUUAUAUGCUUUAUAUGCAACGAUCUGCUUUUUAAUACAAAAGUUUUAUGGUACUUCGAGGCAAGGGUAACUGCUAGGAUAAUUGUGAUAAAACGUAGAGCUAAAUUAAAUUUUGAUUUCAUUCUAUACUAACAACCCUUUGAUAAUAGAUAUUUUUUAGACACAUUUUUCUAAAAAAAUGUUGUGUUUUCGAUACAAUUAUUAUAUAUAUAUAUCAAUUACAUGUGUGAGAAGCUCUUAAACUCAUUUAUGCUCAAAACUAAUCAAUAUUUUUCUUUACAAAAUUAUUGUCUUUCUUUCAAUCAAGCGUGGCUGAUAAAAUGAAAAGAAAGUUUAAUUUAGUCUUAGCGCAACGAAUGACGAAAUUAUAAAAAAAAAAAUUAAAAUAAAACGUUUCUAUUCA